GGCGUUCAAAGAGGUUGCUGAAUCAUGCAAGAUUUUGCCAUUUGAUAAAUACUGGUGUAUAAAUGUUCGUGGUUUGGGCUCCGCACUUCUUACACAAUCAACCAUGGCUUCUACUAAACCUCUGGUGUUUGUUAUUGGUGCGACGGGGCGCACGGGCGGUUCAAUCGUCGAUGCACUCAUCAAAAGCUCCAAGUUCCGAGUUACUGCUUUAAUCCGACCAUCUUCUGCCUUGAAACCCGAGGUCGAACAGCUGCGCGCUCGAGAUGUGGAGAUACGCCUCGGAGAUAUCUCAGAUCCCCACGACAAGCUCACGGCGGUUUUGUCUGGCGUCGAUGUCCUCAUCAGCGCCGUCGUCGCAAGACAGAUCACCGCACAGAAGGGCAUCCUCUCUGCCGCGAAGGACGCGGGUGUCAAGCGCGUCAUUCCGUGCGAGUUUGGUACGCCCGGCGCGAGGGGGAUACAGGUUCUCCAUGAUGAGAAACUGGACAUCCGGGAUUUCAUUCGCGCGCUCGGGAUCGGGCACACGUUCAUCGACGUUGGGUGGUGGAUGCAGCUCAUUCCGCCAUAUCCCACCUCGAGCGAGGAGAGCGAUUCGCUGUACAUAUCUGUGUCGCGCGAGUUCUACGCCAAGGGCGACAAGAAGAACCUGUACACGAACAUGGAACACAUCGGCACCUACGUUGCGCGCAUCAUCGACGACGACCGGACGCUGAACCAGUAUGUCGUCAUCUGGGAAGACGAACGCACACUCGAGGAGGUGAAGACCCUCUCCGAGAAGGCGUCCGGAGAGGAGGAUGUUCUGAGGGCAAAGAGAUUGGUGGUUGACGCUGACGAGCUCCAGCGCCGUGCCAAGGGGGGCAAGGAAGAAACACUUCGUAGCCCGAGUAUUGCUGCGGCGGUCCGCUGGCACGGGAGCGAGUACCAGAUCAGCAUGCAUGUUCUGGGCGAGAACUCGCGGGAGAAUAUCAAGGCGCUGGGCGCGCUCGACGCGCAAGAGCUCUAUCCAGACAUCGUUCCACACAAUUUCGAAGACUUUGUAAAGGUAUUUUACCAGGCGCUGCCCGUGCCGUAUUUCUGAACGGACGUGGC